UCUUCAAUUCCGAUCACGACAACCGCAUCCUCCCCGAUCUUGCUCUUCACGCCUGAGCAUAUCCCCAACCGACAAGAUGCCCCCCAAAUCUGGCAAGAAGGUCGCCGCCGCCCCGUUCCCCCAGGGCAAGGCUGGUAACAAGAAGGGUCCCAAGAACCCCUUGAUCGAGAAGCGUCCCCGCAACUUCGGUAUCGGCCAGGACAUCCAGCCCAAGCGCAAUGUCUCCCGCAUGGUGAAGUGGCCCGAGUAUGUCCGCCUCCAGCGCCAGAAGAAGAUCCUCCAGAUGCGCCUGAAGGUUCCCCCGGCUCUUGCGCAGUUCCAGCACGUUCUCGACAAGAACACCGCUGCCCAGGCUUUCAAGCUCCUCAACAAGUACCGCCCUGAGACCAAGCCUGAGAAGAAGGAGCGUCUCCUCAAGGAGGCCACCGCCGUCAAGGAGGGCAAGAAGAAGGAGGAUGUCAGCAAGAAGCCCUACACUGUCAAGUACGGCCUCAACCACGUUGUUGGCCUCAUCGAGAACAAGAAGGCUUCGCUUGUCCUCAUCCCCAACGAUGUUGACCCCAUCGAGCUUGUCGUCUUCCUGCCUUCGCUGUGCAAGAAGAUGGGUGUCCCUUACGCCAUUGUCAAGGGCAAGGCCCGUCUCGGCACUGUCGUCCACAAGAAGACCGCCGCCGUUCUGGCCCUCACCGAGGUCCGCUCCGAGGACAAGAGCGAGCUGUCCAAGCUCGUCUCCGCCGUCAAGGAUGGCUUCAUGGAGAACCACGAGAACGCCCGCCGCCAAUGGGGUGGUGGCAUCAUGGGUGCCAAGGCCCAGAUGAAGAUCCACAAGAAGCAGAAGGCUCUUGAGGCUGCCACCAAGAUCUAAAAUGUCUUAUACCCGUAUAGCAUUGGGGUUCAGGGAAAUCGGUGUUUGGUUCAGGGCAUGAAAAAUGAUGACUUUCUGCGGCCAUUUGGCCUUUUCAAAAUCAAGCCAUCACAAUGGACCUCCUAUCUUGAUGUCGUCGAAUGUCCCAUAUUUUUUGUGUGACUCGCUUCUAUAUUUCAAACUUGAAUUCCUCUUGAACGGGGAGGGAACAGCUGCACUCGUGCGCAGGGCACCUUUUGACUUGGGUUACUCGAGAAAUGCUUGCAAGGACUUAUUUUUGUCAUAGUCACGUUAAA